AUGGACACAUCCAGUGGUGCCGUGUCUCAUGAAUAUUUUACUACGGCCAAUGCAUUCGAUCUAAUUGAGAAGCUAUUAUACCAAGAUCAGGCGUCCCGACAUUACCAGGGGCGCCUAGAAUCCAGGAUUGAUAGGGACGCUGCUGCGUACCAGAACUUGAGCACUCACUGCACUCAGGUAGAGAGAAAGGUAUCUGGUCUAGAGUAUGAAAAAUCGCAAUACGAAUCCUCUUUACGUGUCGCAGCCGAAACAUGUCAAGCAAUAUCUCGUGAUCUUAGCUUGGAAAGAAGCAAAUUGCUGCAGCUAGAAUCCCGAGUCGCCAACCUUCAUCCCUCGAUCGAUGCCAUGCUACACUCUCUAAGUACUAAGAACGACCCUCUUUCUACUGGAAGAUAUAUCCAGCGAUUUCAGCAACUCCAGCAUGAUAAUGAAUGCCAGCGGGAACUGAUCACAUGUCUUCAAACAACUAUUCGAGACCGUGAGAAGGCAAUAGAAAAUCUGAAAGCAGCGAUACCAGAAGCCCCAGACUUCCCGGUCAACAAAGACGCCCUCGUUGACGGAGAAGAGAAAUUGUCUGAUCCCACAGAUCUCACAGACGACGAAUCUUCUAUUGAUAUUAUCACGAAACGUCGCAAUAGCGAUAGCUCUACCUGA